AUGGGACUACUCUCCGAGGGAUCUCCUCUCAGCUGGGACGAAACCAAGGACCACGCGGACCACGUGAGGAAGCAUGGCAUUCGACAGUUUAUAAAUCAGUACAGAAAACUAAAGGAUAUCAAGAAAGACGUGUUGUACUGGGGAGAUGAGGUUGAAUAUAUGCUGGUGAAGUUUGAUGAUGAGAAGAAAACUGCUCGACUACGAUUGGAUGCUGAUCGUGUCCUGGCCAUUCUACAACAACAAGAGAAGGACACACCACACGACCACCCCACAACCUGGCGACCAGAGUAUGCCUCGUACAUGGUGGAGGGAACUCCCGGUAAACCCUACGGAGGACUUUUUGCUCACUUUAACGUGGUGGAGGCCAAUAUGAAACUGAGGAGAGAAGAAAUCCAAAAAUGCCUUGGGGCCAAUGAAGUACCUUUAAGUUUGACCUCCUAUCCUAGGACUGGGUGUGAUGUGUUUUCUGAUCCUCCCACUAACCCUGACCCCAUCAACGGUGCCUCUCGCUCACUCUUCUACCCCGACCAAGUCGUCUAUCUAGGACAUCCACGAUUCUUAACCUUAACAAGAAAUAUCAGGGAAAGACGUGAAGAAAAAGUGUGCAUUAAUAUUCCAGUGUUUAAGGACACCAACACCAAAACACCAUUUGUGGAGGAUUAUGUCCCUUUAAAAGAUGACGGUGAGGGCGCUGCUGCAGCACGGCCAGAUCACAUUUACAUGGACUGUAUGGGGUUUGGAAUGGGCUGCUCCUGUCUCCAAGUUACCUUCCAGGCCUGUAACAUAAAUGAGGCAAGACACUUGUACGACCAGCUCACCCCGCUCUGUCCCAUACUGCUGGCCUUGAGUGCAGCCUCUCCUGUGUAUAGAGGUCAUCUGGCUGAUAUAGAUGCUCGUUGGACUGUCAUCUCCCAGUCUGUAGAUGACCGCACCAAAGAGGAAAGAGGAGAAAAGGAGUUAAGACAUAACAAAUUUCACAUAUCAAAAUCACGCUACGACAGUAUCGACAGUUAUUUGAAUGAAGUCAAUGAGCCGUACAAUGAUGUGGAUCUGUGUAUCGAUGAAGAACUGUGUAACCAACUGCUGGAGGCAGGUAUAGAUCGGACAUUGUCACGACACAUAGCUCAUCUUUUUAUACGAGAUCCAAUUUCACUGUUCAGCGAGAAAAUAAAUCAGGAUGAUAGUACAGACACAGAUCACUUUGAGAAUAUUCAGUCAACGAAUUGGCAGACGAUGCGGUUUAAGCCCCCUCCUCCAAACAGUGAUAUUGGCUGGAGAGUGGAGUUCAGACCAAUGGAGGUUCAGUUAUCUGACUUUGAGAAUGCUGCUUAUGUUGUAUUUAUUGUACUGCUGACCAGGGUCAUCCUGACCUAUAACCUCAACUUAGUGAUACCUAUAUCAAAGGUAGAUGAAAAUAUGAAGACAGCCCAUCAGAGAGAUGCAGUUCUGGAUGGCAAGUUCCAUUUCAGAAAAGAACUUUUCACAGUUUGUUCCCCAGAAGAGAUCGCCCAGUGUAUGGCGAAAGGUUGUCCACGACAGAAGUGUGAUUGUAUGGAUGACGAGUACCAACUGAUGUCCAUAAAUGACAUCAUCAAUGGCAAUGGGGAGUUCCCAGGUCUGAUUCCUCUGAUUGAGAAAUACAUCGCUAACGUAGACACAGAUGUCGAUACCUGCUGUACAUUAUCUAAUUACCUCAAGUUCAUCUCCAAGAAGGCAUCAGGAGACCUGAAGACGACCUCAAAGUGGAUCCGUGAGUUCAUUCGUGAUCAUCCAGACUACAAACAUGAUUCUGUGGUAUCUGAAACCAUUAAUUACGACUUGAUGAAGAUGUGUCAGCAGAUAUCAACAGGCGAGAUAUCAUCCCCUCUUAUACAGCAGACUGUGUCGUCAAAAACCGCAGACAACAUUCCAACUGCCAUGUCAAAGGCGGAGGGUUAUCUUAGCCAGAAAAACCCAAGGUCCCGCACAGUCAAUGGCCUACCAUCCUCGUGAUGACAUUCUGUAGCAUUUAGGUCAAUAUUGACCAGGAAACUUUGGUAUGAGUGACAUUUCAGUCUCACUUGUGAGCUCGUCAGUUAUAUAUAGUUCUGUAGGUUCUUCAAUCUGUUUGUAGGUUCUUCAAUCUCACCUUUGACCCCAUCAAUUACAUAUAUCUGUAUGUAUAUAGCUGUUGGUUCUUCAUUAUAAGUGCUGUGCCUUCUUAUUUAUCUCUAAACUUGCUGGAAUUCUGUUAAAGUAGGUUAGUAUUAGAUUAUUUUAUGUGUGUACAGUGUAAAAGCAGGGAGAUACUGUGUAUUUGUUUUGCAAUUUGGCGAUUUAUCCAUUUAUUAUGUACUUGACCAAUAUAUUUUAUAUGCAACAUAUUAAUCAGAUACCUUUGUAUAUUAUAAGGACCAUGAUAUAAAAAUAAAUAUCAUUUAAAUUCUCUGUCAUCCUGACAUUGGUGAUAUGCCCCACAGGUCCAAGGUCACUGUGACCUUACAUGAUAUGAGACACUUACAGGAAACAAUGUUAUUCUCUAUGUAACUAAACCAACCUAUAAAUUGUACUGGAAACCUUUCAUCUCCAACAUGAUUACAACUGAAACAGAAUGGAAUUUAUCUUAACCAAUUAAUUUCACCGUGGAAUAAAAUCUACGGAUUUCAUUGGAUAAUUGUUGUCACAUGGUGACUAUCUAUUUCUGUAGACAGCAACACAUCAUUAUACACAGUGGCAAAGUUUGUCAGCGUCGUUGUGGUUUGCGUCGGUUUGAAAGAUUUUGAACACACAAAGAAGAUGUAUAGCAAUGAUGUCAAUAUUCAACGAAUUGGUAUCUCAGAUUUAUUAGUCCACCAUCAUCAGAUAGAGUGCUGUUCACAUUGCCCUAUGUUCAUGGUCCCUUUUCAGUCCAUUUGUGUGUCCGUAAACAGUUUGUGUUAUUGCUGUUUCUCAAGAAGUACCGGAUUAUCUUUCUCACAUUUAAGAUGUAGAUUGCCCUUGGUCAUAAUUUGUACCCAUUUUAUUUAAAGACUGAUUAGAAAAACAAAAUGGCUGACAGUCAGCCAUCUUUGAUUUUGAAAAAGAAAUUUUGUUAACGCUCUUUCUUGAGAAGAACUAGAUAGAUCUUUCUCAAAUUUCAUAUUGAGGUUCCCCUUGUCCCUAGUUGUGCCCGUUUGAUUUUAAGACUGAUCAGAAAGACAGAAUAGCCAAAAGAUGGCCGUCUUUGAUUUGAAUCAAUGAUCGUUUAUUAUUGCUGUUUCAUGAGUAGUACUGGAUGGAUAUCUCACAUUUCAUAUGUACAUUUGUAGGUUCCCUUUGGUCCCUAGUCAUGCCUGUUUGAUUUUAGGACUUCUACGAAGAAAAAAGGGCAAAGAUGUGAUGAUCUGGGAUUUCAACAAUGAAAGUUUGUUAUCGCUGUUUGGAGGAAGUCCUAUAUGGAUCGUUCUCAAAUUUUCUGAGUAGGUUCCCUUGGUCUGUAGUUGUACUGUUUGAUUUUGAGAAUGAUUGGAAAACAAGAUGGCUGACAGGCAACCAUCUAAUCAGUGGUGGAUGUGAAGAUCCCUUUGGGAUCCAUUGUAUGUAAAAAUGAUACAUAUGUACUUCUUGUAGACGACAGUCACAGUAUUGGUCUCUGAAUAUCUGAGUUGCAGGGUUUAGACCUCCCUACCUUGUGCAAAACGUGUUUUUUAGGAAGCCAAAAAAUAGCCAGGUUUGUGCUGAUAUGGUUAUGUCCCUGGUCAGACUUAUUAUCCUAAUUUCUCUGGAGAGUUUGAGAGGAGCUUCAUAUAUGUUGUCUAGUGAGGUAGUCAUGAGUUACUUUAAGGAAACCUGUCCUCAAAAUGCUGUUCACAGUAUGAUAAAACCCACAAAAUUCCUUCAGGGAUGCCUCUGGCGUUCACAGUAUGAUAAAACCCACAAAAUUCCUUCAGGGAUGCCUCUGGCUGUUCACAGUAUGAUAAAACCCACAAAAUUCCUUCAGGGAUGCCUCUGGCUGUUCACAGUAUGAUAAAACCCACAAAAUUCCUUCAGGGAUGCCUCUGGCGUUCACAGUAUGAUAAAACCCACAAAAUUCCUUCAGGGAUGCCUCUGGCUGUUCACGGUAUGAUAAAACCCACAAAAUUCCUUCAGGGAUGCCUCUGGCGUUCACAGUAUGAUAAAAACCACAAAAUUCCUUCAGGGAUGCCUCUGGCUGUUCACGGUAUGAUAAAACCAACCAAAUUCCUUCAGGGAUGAAGUACAAUGUGGUGAAUGCUUCAUGUUUCAAAUUUUAUGUUACCAAUUAUGAUGUUAAUUAAUAUAAAGAAAUAAAACUUCUGAACUGAUUCUCCACUG